UAUACAUGUUCUGAUUCAAGAUAAAACUUAAAUCCAGGUGCGACUAAUGGGGGGAGAGAUCAAAAUUGUUGACAAAGACCCCGGUGAAAGAGGCACUUGCUUCAGCUUCAACAUUUUUCUCACUACAAGUCAUUCUCUAUCCACUGACAAUGAAAAACCAGAAGACAAUCUUACCCUAAACAGUGAAAUUUCUCUAACUGAUUCUCACCAACACUUUGGGCUCCAUCGUCGGUCCCCUUCCCCGAGAUCAGAGGGGUCCCACAUCGUGCUCCUAAUCGCAGGAGAAGAACGGAGGAAAGUCUCAAAGAAAGUGAUUGAGAAUUUAGGCCUAAAAGUAUCGGUUGCCAAGCAAGCAAAGGACCUUUUCCAUAUCCUUAAAAAGGUAAAACACAGAUUGGACCUUUCUCAGUACAGUUCUUCAGAGAAAAGUGAGCUAUGUAUGAAUGAAUACUUGUCCAAAUCAGAAUCCGGACACUCCAAUUCUAGAGGAUCCAAUUCUAAAAGCUCAACAAGUUUCAUACUAAUUGUGAUUGAUUCAAGUGCGGGAAAUUUCUAUGAACUAUGUUCAAUUGUGGGAAAUUUCAAGAAAGACAUCCCAAAUCCCCGGUGUAAGGUUGUUUGGUUAGAAAACCCGGUAAUGCUUUCUAGAGGCCACGAAGAGCAUGGGUCAGCUCCUCCGUGGGAUCACAUUCUGUCGAAACCAUUUCAUGGAUCACGUUUGUAUCGAGUUUUAGGACUAUUGCCUGAAUUUGGAGGUAUGUUUCAAUGCAAUUCACACAGAUUCAGAAUUGAAACAGAUCCAAAAGUGGAAAAUACUAGGAAUGAGAUUGGAGAGCACUCUCUGAAACAGAUUGUGAUAGAGAAAGAUGGUGAGAAAAGAAGUGAGAGGCCUUUGAAUGGGAAGAAAGUUUUGGUGGUUGAUAAUUUGAAGCUAUUGAGAAUGGUGGUUGCUGCUGAAAUUCGAAAACUCGGAGCGAAUGUUGAUGUUUGUGAGAAUGGGAAAGAGGCUUUUGAUAGAGUUUGCAAAGUUCUUGGUGAUCAAAGGAGGGAAGAAGGAGAUUCUCAGGCUCUUCCCUACGAUUACAUUUUCAUGGAUUGCGAGAUGCCAAUAAUGAAUGGAUAUGAAGCAACAAAGCUUAUUAGGAAGGAAGAGAAACACUAUGGAAUCCACAUUCCAAUCAUAGCAUUGACAGCCCAUUCAAUGGAUGAAGAAGCAAGCAACACAAUCAUCCAUGCUGGGAUGGACUUCCAUUUAACAAAGCCAUUACAAGUAGACAAGUUGUUGGAUGUCAUUCAAUCUAUUGACAAAUAUGUACAAGAUUGAGAAAUUUCUCAAAACUUUGUUGUUUCAUGGAGAAACUACUUGGUACAAUUCAAUUUUGAACAUUUCACAUUGUUGUCACUCUGAAAUUAUUUUCAUAUCAUCGCAUCUUUUUGUCCUUGAUUUGAUUUUGUAUUUCAUAUUUCUCUAUAAACUUGAAUCUCAAACCUCUUUGUGAAAAUCUAA